AUGUCGACCUACAACAACAACGAUGGUGACUAUAGCAUUUACGUGAUGCCCUACGACAGAGGCUUUCCCGACAAGAGCAACUCUCCGCUUUCGAGACCUCAUGUCUCGAUCAUUUGGAAAAUCACUGAGAGCUACAAGUCGGAAAAUCCUUGCAGCUUCAAGAAGCCGAUCGGAAUGAAGCUUUCAGAUCACAUACGCGAUGAUGUAUUUGCGUCACUCUCAUGCACCAAUGACAUUCGCAAGUCACCUGAAUCGCGGGAGAUAAUCUCCGGGAUGAUAUCUGACAUAAACUUCCCCUACAAAUUAGACAGGCUUAUAUGGAAACCUCGCGGCAAAUAUUGUAGGCAGUUGGACAAUGCCGGUGAUAUGGUAAGCCAAAUAGUUGAGCUCAUUCACGGCUUGGUUGAAAAACGCAAGAAGGUGGACAUAGUUGUCGAAGUUGAAAAGCAAUAUACAGUACCAGAUGAAGAAUAUGAAGCAAAGGUUAAGGCCGAAAAAGAGAGAGAUUUAGCUAUAUGCAUGGCAAGUGUCGAUGCUGAGCUACGAUCCCUGGCUCGCGAACAAGAUCAACUGAUGGCUGGGAUGAUACGUAGAACUUCUGGUGAAAUGUAUAAGAAUAUUGAUAGAGAGAUACGUGCCUCUGAUAUAUCUCGAGAUAGGGUCACGGAUAUUGUAAGAGAGAUGGAGGAUGAAGCUGUAAUCGGGGCAUUGGAGUUGGAGGAUGGAGAUGGCGGUAUGUGUGCGAUUUGCAGGGAGGAGAUGACUGAUUGUAAAAUCAUUCGUACGUCGUGCUCACAUAGUUUCCAUGAACACUGUAUUGUGAAAUGGUUAAAACGUGAUCGUACAUGUCCUCUAUGUAGGUUUAAGUUGCCCGGAAUGGGCGAAAGAGAGAAACAAGAACCAUCAAACCAACUUGUGUAA